CACACAUUUGUUUUAUUCUAUUUCAUUUUAUUAGUUUAGCUGACCAUAAUUCAUACUUCAGCAUUGUAAGUCUCUGGGUUUGUUUACCCAAAUAGGCUUUUUAUGUAUAGAUAAUUUUUUUUUUUUGAAGAAAAUAUCACCCGUCUCUUUUGUUGAUAAACUUUCUAUGCACAUUUCAUUUGAACUUCCUUUAGUUCUUGUAGCAUUUCAAAGAUAUUCUACUGGCGCCAUCAUUUGUUUCUUUUGCACAUGCACAACUCAUCUCAGCAUGCUCUUCCCAAAUUCUCAGAUUAUGCUACCUCUUAACAUCUCAAGAUUCAUCUUCCUACUUUCUCAGAUUAUGCUACCUCUAACAUCUCAAGAUGCAUUCUUUGUGUUUGUUUGUCCAUGUGUAUGUUUCAUUCUUAACAAUUUUCUUUAACUUACAUUAUCUGUAUUUACAAUUGUAUUACAGACUUGCCUACUCAAUGAGAAAAAUGAUGGCAGACAAGGCCUUGGUCAGGAGGCUUUCUGGUUGUGAAACCAUGGGCUUUGCUACUACAAUUUGUAUCAAUAAAACUGGGACAUUGACCUCAAAUCAGAUGACAGUGGUGGAAGCCUAUGUUGGUGGAAGUAAACUUGACUCUCCGGAAGAUGGGUCACUAUUUCCUCCUACCGUUAAGUCCCUGCUUAUUGAAGGUGUAGCACAGAAUACAACUGGGAGUGUCUUUAUGACUAAGGUGGGUGAUUUUCAGGUUUCUGGAUCACCAACAGAAAAGGCCAUUCUCCAGUGGGGGGUCAAUCUUGGAAUGAAUUUUGAUGCUGUCAGAUCAGAGUCUUCCAUUGUCCAUGUUCUCCCCUUCAACUCAGAGAAAAAACAUGGGGGUGUUGCACUUAAACUGCCUGAUUCUGAAGUUCAUAUUCAUUGGAAAGGUGCUGCAGAUAUAGUUUUGGCUAAAUGUACAAGAUACAUUGAUGCAAACGAUUGCAUUGUUCCAAUGGAUGGGGACAAGGUGAUUUUAUUUCAAAAAGCUAUUGAAGAUAUGGCUGCUCGAAGUUUGCGUUGUGUUGCUAUUGCUUAUAGAUCAUACGAGGUGGAAAAAGUUCCAACUGCUGAUGAAGAACUGACUAGUUGGAAAAUACCUGAGGAUGAGCUUGUGGUGUUAGCCAUUGUUGGUUUGAAGGAUCCAUGUCUGCCAGAUGUGAGAGAGGCAGUUCAAUUAUGCACCAAUGCUGGUGUUAAGGUAUUGAUGGUCACUGGUGACAAUCUUCAGACAGCUAGAGCAUUUGCUCUAGAAUGCGGGAUACUCAGGUCAGAUGCAGAUGCUUCUGAGGAAAAUCUCAUUGAAGGGGUGGCGUUUCGUGCCUUGUCAGAAGUGCGAAGACGAGAUAUUGCUGAGAAAAUAUUGGUAAUGGGAAGGUCUUCUCCUAACGACAAGCUCUUGCUUGUGCAAGCAUUGAGGGAAAAGGGACAUGUUGUUGCUGUAACUGGUGAUGACACUAAUGAUGCUGAUGCACUACAUGAGGCUGAUAUUGGCCUUGCCAUGGGUAUCCACGGAGCGGAAGUAGCCAAGGAGAGUUCAGACGUCAUUAUAUUGGAUGACAACUUUGGUUCUGUUGUAAAGGUUGUCCGAUGGGGCCGAUCUGUUUAUGCGAAUAUUCAAAAGUUCAUUCAGUUUCAGCUCACAGUUAAUAUUUCUGCUCUAAUAAUUAUUGUUGUGGCUGCUGUUUCCUCUGGUGAUGUCCCAUUAAAUGCGGUGCAGCUUCUUUGGGUUAAUCUUAUUAUGGAUACUAUUGGAGCACUAGCGCUGGCCACUGAACCACCAACGGAUCACCUGUUACACGGGCCUGUAGUCGGUCGAAGGGAACCUCUGAUAACAAAUAUCAUGUGGUGGAACUUACUAAUACAGGCUUUGUAUCAAGCGAUUGUCUUACUUAUCGUCUACUUUGGAGGUAAAAGCCUCCUAAAUUUAGAGCAUGAUGACAGUGUGCAUGCCACCAAAGUGAAGAAUACACUGAUAUUCAAUGCUUUUGUCCUUUGUCAGAUUUUCAAUGCACUUAAUGCUCGGAAGCCUAAUCUAGUAAAUAUAUUCAACGGAGUCACUAGAAACCAUCUCUUCAUGGCCAUAGUGGGCCUAACUCUUGUAAUUCAGGUCAUUAUUAUGUUCCUUGGAAAAUUUACCUCAACAGUUCGGCUUAGCAGGGAACAGUGGGUUAUUUCCUUUGCAAUUGGCCUUUGCAGUUUGCCUGUUGCGAUAAUUGGGAAAUUGAUGCCUAUGCCAAAUAUGCCUGCCCUUGAACUUAUCAAAAAUUAUUUUGGUGGCAAAGAUCCUCUUGAGGAUCGGUCAAGAGGAGAAGAAAUGAGGCUGCUGAGUGCUCGGUGACAUCUCCAUGUUAAAUAUCUAACUACUCAUAGAUUUCCCCACUUACUGGUACAGGAUAACGUAGAUUAUAUAUUACAUCUUUCCAAAUUCACUUGGUAAAAAUUAAACUACUGAAUACUGAGAGGUCAGUUUUACUCUCAUUUUCAUGUGAUUGAGUAAAAAUUAGUUGAUUUCAUGGUUUUUGUCAAUUUAUAUUUUUGUGCUUCCUUUGAACAAAAAAAGGGUAUGGUACUUGAGAGAAAUUAUUUAGUACCCUAAGCGUAGCCGGUCAUCAUGCGUAGGUGGUACACCAUCCAAUUAAAACAUGACAUCUAAUUAAAUUUCCAUGUCAGCAGCAACCUCUAGAAGGCAGGAAGCUAACUGACCAAAAAGUUAGCUCUGUGUGAAAAAUUUCGUAGUCCCCGCCCAAAUCCCCGUCCUUUUGCCUUUUGUUUUGGAAACCCAGGUCAUUCUCCAUUCUCUUUAUAUUAAAAAAAAAAAAAAAUAGAAAUAAAUAAAAGAAAAGAAAACCUAGACAAAAAUUCACGUCCUUUUUUUUUUUCCCUCCCUCUCUACUCAAUCUCACGAUUCAAUAUUCUAAUCCUACCAAAACUAUCAUCCGUCAACGGAACACCACCACAAAUCUUCCAGAGGAGAUUUGCAAAGCAUAAUGAAUCUCUUUAAACAUUGUCAAUUUGAAGAUUGUAUAUUCUUUCACAUUGAGGAAUUUGAUGUAGAAAGUCGUUUGCCAAUUUUUUACUACGAUUGUUCUGGGGAUGACAAUGUUUUUUAUGCCACGAAUAAAUUGGUAUGAUUUGAUCUUUGCUACAUUCCUAUGAGUAAAUCAUCAUAGGAGAAUCUAUGAUGACUAUUUUAUUUGGUUGUGCAUUUAUCAUAAAUGAGGUUACAGAUUGAUUUGUUUGGUUGUUUGAGGCAUUUUUAGAGGCAAUGGAGAAUAAAGGACGAAAGCGAUGCUUACUGAUCAAUGUCAAUCAAUGGCAAAUGAAUUUAAGAAUGCCUUCUUUUUUGUUUGGCAUAUUUUGAAAAUUGCCACUCAAAAAUUUGGGACCUUGUAUGCAAUUAUUAGUUAAAAUAUUUGUUUGAUGAGUGUCUAAAUUGUGAAACACAAAACGAUUUUCAAACAACAUGGGUUCUGAUGAUAAU